AUGUCUUCCAUCCUGAUAUCACUGGCUCACUUUUGCGAUAAACAUGGGCCUCAAGUAAUAUUAGUGACACAAACUAGUGACAAGGGAACAUUGGGGGAUGAGUUACUUCUUCCAGAUUAUCCUAUCGAUUCAUAUUGUGAAUCCUGCCUGCUACAUUUUCCUGAUAAUGAAACUACUAUAAGAUCAAUGAGAAGCAUACUACAUGAAAGACCUUAUAUAACUACCCAGUAUUCUGCUGUUCGCUACCAAUUAUUAAAUGCUAUCAUUAGAAGAUCAUUCUCAGAAGAGACUAUGGUUUAUGACAGCCUCCCGAAUGUUUUUCAUGAUAACGUUUCAGGCGUGAAUCUGGUAAUGGGUUUUAAAUUAUAUGAUGAGAAUGCAAGAGGAAAUGAAAGGCGAUAUUGCUUAAUAUUAACGAUUGAUGAUAAAGAUGAAAUGUCUUCGACAAAAAUACUGUCAAACAAUUGGAAUUUUAUCACGGGUGGUUUUUUGAAAAUGAUUAACUAUAUUAAAGAUUCUCAUGCUAAGGAACUUGAAAGAAAAACCACGUCAGAUACGGACAAAAACGGUUUCACACCCUUUAUGGGGAAUUAUCUUAGGGGCAAUAAAUCCAAAAUUGCACGAAAUCUAAUCGAAUUGACUAACGACAAAAACAUUUUCAUAAAAAUUCAUAAAUGGAAUACCUAUCUUCUAGAUGCGUUGCUACCUCGAUAUAAUGAGGCAGACGUUUAG